CCACGGGCUGCAAGAAGUUAAUUUGCCUUUGGAAGAGCAGCGCUCGGAGUUUGUCUGAUUCCACUGCAGCAGCUCCUUGCGCUCUAUUUUAAACCAGUUCUCCCCGUGCUUCAAGUUUAUAUAACAUCCCCCCCCUCCCCAGUCCCUGCUCCCUGCUAAAAGCAGCCCUAACCCGCGGAGAAAGCAAGGAGGCACAAAAGCAGCAUCUCCUCCGGGACACUGUAGCCCAGCCGAAAAGUUCCCAGAGGUAACUUUGGGGUCUGCUUCUCUACCUGAUCAUUCAAAGUGGAGCAGCCAGAAUCUGAACCAUUCCCUUCAGGCACGGUGAUGAAUGGUGUGAUCAAACAGGAUUGCUCCGACCACAGAAGUGCACCGAGUGGGAAUGAAGAAGAAAAGACACCCAAGGAAAAGGCUGGCAGUGAAGUGAGAGAUGGCCCCAAGCUCCAGCCACCACCCUUCGCGGAGCGGAAGAACGUUUUGCAGCUACGGCUUCAGCAGAGAAGGACCCGCGAGCAGCUGGCAGACCAAGGCAUCAUGCCACCACUGAAAAGCCCAUCCGCAUUCCAUGAACAGCGAAAAAGUCUGGAGCGAGCCAAGACUGAAGAUUAUCUCAAGCACAAGAUCAGAAGCAGGCCUGAGAGAUCAGACCUGGUCAAUAUGCACAUUUUACAAGACUCAGCUGCAGAGGGGUCCAUUCAGUCUACUCAAAUGAAGCUGAAAAGAGCCCGACUGGCAGAUGAUCUCAAUGAAAAGAUUGCUCUCAGGCCGGGUCCUUUGGAGCUGGUGGAGAAGAAUAUUAUUCCUGUCGACUCCGCUGUGAAAGAGGCCAUAAAAGGCACCCAGGUCAGCUUCCCCAAGGCGGCGGACGCCUUCGCCUUCGAGGAGGACAGCAGCAACGACGGGCUGUCCCCGGAGCAGGCGCGGAGCGAGGGCUCCCCGGGUCCCGCCGAGCCCCCGCCGGCCACCAAGGGCCCAGAGCCCGCCGCGGGCCCCGCGCCUCAGCAAACCUCUCCCUCGCAGGACCAGCCCCGCAGCGCCGAUGGCCAUGUACCAGACCCCGCGGCGGCGCAGGGCAGCCAGUGUGACAGCCCCAAGCAGCCAGCGGGGCAGGAGAGCCCCACACUCCCGGUGCCCUCUGCCGUGAAGUCCAAAUCAUCCAGUGACAGCAAGAACCGUCACAAAAAGCCCAAGGACACCAAGCCCAAGGUGAAGAAGCUGAAGUAUCACCAGUACAUCCCUCCGGACCAGAAGGCUGAGAAGUCCCCUCCACCCAUGGAUUCUGCAUAUGCCAGACUCCUCCAGCAACAGCAGCUCUUUCUGCAGCUCCAGAUCCUCAGCCAGCAGCAGCAGCAGCAACAGCAGCACCAGCAGCACUUCAGCUACCCAGGGAUGCACCAAGGCCAAGUAAAGCAAUCAAAUGAGCAAAUGGUCAAAAGUUCAAAUUCUUCAUCAACUUCUGCCAACACCACCCCUCUUUCUCCUGUGAAAACCACGUUUUCAGGCCAGACUUGUGUCUCAUCAAUCAAGCCAGGCCCUCUGCCAUCAAACCUGGAUGAUCUGAAAGUGUCAGAACUGAGGCAGCAGCUCCGAAUACGAGGCCUGCCCGUGUCGGGUACCAAAACAGCGCUGAUGGAACGGCUGCGGCCCUUCCAGGAAUGCGGCAGCAACGCAGUGCCCAGCUUCAGCGAGAUCACCACCGUCACCUUCCCAGUCACUCCAACCAGCACCCUGUCAAGUUACCAGUCACAGUCCUCCGCUAGCAUGUUAUCCAAUGGCUUCUACCACUUUGGCAGCACCAGCUCCACACCACCCAUCUCUCCAGCCUCCUCCGACCUCUCUGUGAGUGGCUCUUUGCCAGACACAUUCAACGAUGGGCCCAUGUCUUCUCCACAGUUUGGUCUCCAGCCAUCUCCAGUUCAUGGCAGUGCCGAAGAAAGCCUCAUGAGCAGCAUGAAUGGAGGGAGCAUCCAGCUGGAGCUGGAAGGGAUCGACACAGAGAAAGACAAAAUGCUGGUGGAGAAGCAGAAGGUCAUCAAUGAACUAACGUGGAAACUGCAGCAAGAGCAGAGGCAGGUGGAAGAGCUACGGAUGCAGCUCCAGAAGCGAAAGAGGACCAAUGGCCUCGAGGAGAAGCAGCAGCCCGCUCCUCACUUCUUUGGUGUCCCCAUCAAGCAAGAAAACACAGUGUCCAGCUGUCCAUUUGCAUCCAAACAAACUACCUUGAAAGGCCAAGCCAGCAGCUCGGAUAAGUUAAGUAACUGUGGGGUGCCACAGCUGCCUCACAUUGUAAAUAGCCACUGCUUGGAGCCUGCAGGGCAAAGCACCAUCACCUCCUCGACAUUCCUGAGCCCGCAGUGCUCUCCCCAGCACUCCCCACUCGGAGCUGCAAAGAGCCCCCAGCAUAUCAGCCUGCCACCCUCUCCCAACAGCCACUAUCUCCUCUCGGUGUCCCCCAGCUCAGAAGGGCGCAGUGGGUCCCCGAAGGCCAGCAGUUGCCUUCGCACAGCACCGCAGAUGACACGAAGUCAGCAGAUGGACGAGCUCCUGGAUGUGCUGAUUGAGAGCGGAGAAAUGCCAGCCAAUGCCAAGGAAGAUCAGUCCUGCCUCCAGAAAGUACCUCAGAUAACAGUGUCUACAGGGAACUCCAGCGCCGCGCUCCCCAAGUCAUCUGCCCCGUUUGAGCAGGUCUCCUCAGCCCAGCUCCCCUUCGAGCACUGCCCGGGCAGUGGUGAUGCUCACCUCGAGGUGCUGCUGAGCGCCCACAGCCCCCUGGGCAGGAUCAGUGAAAUAGCCCUUCUGAAGAUGGGGGGAGAGGAGUCCCACUUCGAAGGCAUGAUGGAGGGGUUCCCCGGCAAAGCCGCCGAUGAACUGCUCCCCUCUCAGGAGAUCUUACAGCCUCCCCUCUCGCCCAUGGACACCCAGCUCUCCCCUUCCCCUGCCGACGGCGCUGGUUUACAAAUGAGCUUCACUGAGUCUCCAUGGGAAACAAUGGAGUGGCUGGACCUGACCCCCCCCAGCUCUGCCACCGGCUUUGGUUCGCUCACCCCCGUGGCUCCCAGCAUCUUCAACAUUGAUUUCCUAGACGUUACCGAUCUCAACCUAAACACCAGCAUGGACCUGCACCUGCAGCAGUGGUGAGAGGGAGGGUGGUGGAGGCAGGAUACAGCAGCCAGCACAGUGUUUCUGUCAUGCCAGAGAGCA